GUUUGCUUCUCUUUCUCUCCUUGGGAGAUCUCAAACAAGUCUCCACCGUCAGAAAAUGGCGCCAAUCCCUACAUCCAGGGAAGGCUACCACUUCAAAGCCGACACUAUCCAUGAAGGGCUGUACACAGAAGCCGCAAUCGAGAGCACCAAGUCUCCGAAGCCUUUUUACGAUGUCAUCGUAAUCGGAUCGGGUUUUACGGGACUCACAGCAGCUCGGGACCUGUCAACUGCUGGAAAGUCGGUCCUUCUCAUCGAAGCCAGAGAUCGAAUCGGAGGCCGCACAUGGGCAACGAGGUCUCGUGGUCAUUAUAUGGAGAUGGGUGGAACAUGGGUAUACUGGACCCAACCCCACGUUUGGUCAGAACUGAAGCGUUAUGGCCUGGACCGAGAACUGAAACAGACCACCGGUACCUCUGGAGAUUUGGAGGUCCUGCAAUUCAAAUCUCGAGGCUCAGACCCGCUGAAAGAGUACUCCUUCGACGGACCCGGAGGCUACAAUGUGAUAAUGGAGACUGCAAUCUACAAAUUCCUCGAUGUAGAUGGAGCUGGUGGUACCAAAAUCCUUGCUCGACCCUAUGACAGAGACUUCGUCCGCAACAUCCCGCUCAAGUUCAUGAAACUCACUUGCAAGGACCGCCUCGAUCAACUACCGGAGCUCCCGCAGGAGCAUAAAGAUUUGAUCGCGAGUAUGUUCGAGACCAUUGGAUGUGCGUCUAUUGACAAGACUCCGUUCUUCGAGAUCUUGAGGUGGUUUGGACUUUCUGGGUUUACGUUCCGUGGUUGGCUUGCGAGUGUGGAUGAGCUGAGUCUGAAGAGGGGAACAACAUCGCUUGCGCUUGCAAUCAUGGAUGAAUCGAGGGCCGAUAUCGUUCUUUCUAGCCCAGUUGCCUCAGUUAUACGUAGCAGGACGGAGCCGUUAACCACCAUCACGACGAGAACUGGGAAGGUGUUUCGCACGACAAAGGUUAUUUGUACCUUGCCGGUCAAUUGUCUGGGAGAUGUUUCCUUUGACCCACCAAUUAGUCCUCUGAAACUCGCUGCCGCCAGAGAGCAACACCUUACCAAAAUCGUCAAAGUUCACACCUACACUUCGGAAAAACUAGUCCCAACUUUCGUCUCCAGCCUUUCUCCUUCCAAAAUCCCCUUCGGCUACACCGAAUCCGAUGUCCACGACUCCAAAGAAGGAGGUGGAACCUUCUCCGUCUUUUUCGGUUCCGAAUCCGAACUCGACCGCUGCACUCCUCUCGCUACUUUCCGUGAACUCAAGAAGAUCCUCCCAUCAGAAUUCAACAAUGAGAAGAGAAAUCCAAAGUUCAAUCCGAAAGAGAUGUUUUGGCAUGAUUGGACUAAUGAUGAGUUUGCGAAGGGAGCGUGGUGUACGUUCCCCAUGGGCUGGCAGGAGAAUUAUCUAGAUGCUUUGAGGGAGGAUGAACAGGGCGGGAGUUGCAUUUUUGCGAAUGCUGACUGGGCAGAUGGAUGGAGAGGGUUCAUUGAUGGAGCAUUUGAAAUGGGGAGGUCUUCUGCGUGGAGGGUCUUGAAGGAGGAACGGAAUGCGAAUCGAGCAUCGAAGCUAUAAGGGCAUUUUCUCUUUCCCUUUCCUAUGGGUUUUAUUCGCAAUUACCUCUAAGCGCGGAGUUUGAAGGACGGGUCAAUGACAUACAGCAUCCACC